CUUAAGCAAAGCACAGAGUACGUCAUACAGUGCCGCGCUAGUACGGCUCUUCUAAAGAGAAGUAGGCGGGACUAUAGUUCCGUCUUCCUAUACACGCCUUCCGCUCCUCCUUCCUUUCUCUUCCGGUGACGGCGGUUCCAGAUAUCAAAAAUGGUUCAGCGCCUCACAUACCGUCGUAGGCUGUCCUACAAUACAGCCUCCAACAAAACAAGACUAUCUCGAACACCAGGUAACAGAAUUGUGUACCUGUACACCAAGAAAGUUGGCAAAGCACCCAAGUCAGCAUGUGGCAUCUGCCCUGGAAGACUCCGUGGUAUCCGUGCUGUUAGACCUAAAGUACUUAUGAGACUGUCAAAGACUAAGAAGCACGUCAGCAGAGCUUAUGGUGGAUCCAUGUGUGCAAAAUGUGUUCGUGAUAGGAUUAAGAGGGCAUUCCUCAUUGAGGAGCAGAAGAUCGUUGUGAAAGUAUUGAAGGCACAGGCACAAAGCCAAAAGGCAAAGUAACAUCAUUUUUGCUUUGUAACAUCACAAUAAAUAUGGGUAAUUGUUAAGCUG